UUUUAUCAACAAGUCUUGUUCAAACAUGACUUUGUACUUCCGUCAACAAACCUGGGGUAAUUAUGCAAAAAGACGGGAAAUAAAGGGAAUGUAAAAUGUGAUCAUUUAUUUCUAGAGGCUUAACAGUGAAUGAAGAUGUAGACAAAUAAAACAUGAUGGGGGAUUUCUCCCUGGAAUUCAUCGAUCCCUCUGAACUUGAUGACAUUAAAAUGGGGUUGGAGACAGGGAUUCAGGAAAAUGAACGUCGUCUGACAAAAGCAAGAAUUAUCUUUAUUGACAAAUUGGAAUUAGACGAAUUCAGACCAUCAAUAUUUGAAAGAGAAAUGGAGAUUAUCGAACCGUGCAUUAAAAGGACGUCGAAAUACUUAAAUAAUCAUAAAACAAAACAAAGAAAAGAUGCCAUUAAAUCUACAAACUACCAAAAGUCGGCCAAAAGCGAGGUUCAAGAAUUCUGCGAAGACUACGUAGCUGAAUUGUAUCCCAUCGAGUUCAUAGAAAAGACCGAAGCCCAAAAAGUUUGUUUGGGGAAAUGUAUUCGACAGGUGCUCGUUAACAAGGUCGAUGACAUCCACCCAGGGGACCAUCUGGUCUACCAGCGGUCUGGGUACCAGCAUCACGCUGUCGUCGUGUACGUCACAAAAAUUGAUGACGACCACGCAGAUAUUACGGUCAUCCACAAAAGUGGCAAUGCCGGUGACGUCAUUUACGGGUUACUGAAAUUUGUUGCUACCAUUGGACAAAGCAGCCCCAAAGGCCGCUUGAUGGAGGAAAAGUUUGAAAAUGUCCACGUGAGGGAAACACAAUUGUUCGUUGUAAAAUACCAAACUUAUCCCUAUUCGCCCGAGAAAAUAAUUCAAAGGGCACGGGAUGAACUGAACAAAUCAAAAUCUUCCGAGUACAAUUUGAACAAUAACAAUUGUGAACACAUAGUCACGUGGUGUGUGACGGGUGAGUGGUAUAGUGACCAGAUUAACAGCCUGUGGAUUAAUGUCAGGAAUAAAUUCAAGCCAUUCUGCGAGGACACUCCAUCCCUAGAAAAGGUGGAGGACAUGAAAAGAUGUGAACUGAUUUGUGACGAAUGCUACUCUAAAUGCAAAUUGGAGAAAUCGAAAACCUAAUGAGAUUUUACAUCUUACACUUCAAAAUGCGAACAUGUAAAUCUUUACUUGAAUAUAGACGUGUAUAUAUUUAUUUUAGACAAUAAAAAACCACGAGCACUAAA